GAAGUGGGUAUAGCAAAAAAGUUUACAACCAACUCUAGUGUAGAGGAAAAGUGUAUUGUUGCUCUCAAACUACUCUCUAUACCUUCACAUUCUAUCAUAGUUCAACAUUUACUUUCGAUAUGUCAUCUACUAGCGACGAGCGGCCUUGGAUGAGCGAACAAUGUGGCGUGGCGCGCAGACUACACAAGUUCUAUCCUAUUGGGCAAGGAUAUAGCAAGGAAGAUUUAAUCAGGAUAGGAUUGGAGCAAGGUCAGGACAUGGACGACAAGUUAAAGCUCCAUUUACUGGGCCAACCAAAUUUCGAUGACCUGAGAUACUUUGUCCAAAACUUGGACGGCUGUAUGGAGGCAGAUUGGUUCAGUAACUAUUCGUAUCGUCCUGUAUAUCUCCCCCCUACAAUGCUCCACUCGCGAGCGGUUUGCAAAUAUGUUAUUUGUGAUGGACGCAUUGCAGACAUGGAUACAUUUGACGGUGACAGCAAUGCUGCUAUGGAACGGUUAUACCAGGAACAACUACACCUCGAGGCUACAAAUGACGUUCUGGAGAGAGCCAGAGCCGCAGUUCGCAAUCGAGAACAGAAAGCAGCGACCGAACUGGCCAAGAUUAUGCUUGCGCAAUAUGACAAGCAGCUGGCUGAGCAAGGCUACUAUAAUGUGAAGGAAACCUGGAAACAAAUCCAACCAAGAACACCAGCAUGGAUUGACGAGAUCUGCGUAGCGCAGGAAAAGUAUGGGUUUGUUGUUUUUGAAUCAUCCAAACUGAGGAAGCGCACGCUACAAGGUAUUGUACAAUGGUACCGCGUAUUGAAUGGGUUGUCUUACAUAGAUCACUCUGAGAGGACGGGUCGUCUCGCGGCGGCUAAGACAGUCAAGGACGGUUACAUGUUAAUUCUUAGCUCGCGUCUACAGUUCGAAAAAGAACCUGUUGAUGAGGAUGAUCCAGAAUCUAUACGAAGACGCUUUUUAGAACUUGUGCCUACGCUGCCAGGGAAGAUAUCCAAGACCACAUUUCUUGUUAUUACAGAUGACUGUGUUUUCCAGGAGUUGGAUACAAACGAGCUGUGGCUUACCAAACGUCUUCGCUGGCCACAAGAGCGAGAAGAAGGGAUGAUUGCUUAUCAAGACCUACCACCAUUCUUCGUUUGGGCGUACGAUGCCGCCUGGACACCACCGCCUGGCGCCGCGAUAGCCGAUGCUGAUGGGUACCAAGGCCGACUUCGUGUCGAUGCAACUGUGAUACUAUCAUGGUUUUACUAUGCGCGGACCUAUACAGACUUUACUAUGAAACAACUAUGGGAAAAGGCGCAACAUUCACCGCAUAAAGUGUGGCAUGUGUUGCAAAACCUCGUAAAUAAAGCCGAGUCCGAAAGCUUAGUAUAGAUUAACCUGCAAUAUUACAAGUUAUUCUCUUUAGUAAGCAUGCAGUAUUACCAAUUAUGAUAGAUAUUCUAGUUAAUUUAUAGUUUAAUUUAGUUUUAAUAGCUCUUAUAAUACUAAUGACGUGUGCUAACUUACUGUUUACUGUUUCUGCAGCCUUUUUACGCAUCUACUGACUAUGCCACAGCGGCAACGUCUCAAAGAUAUCAGGAUACGGCGAAAGCCUCCAUUUAAACGCACCAGUAGACGCAUCCACCGAUCGCUCGUAGCCAUGUGGAUGCAGCGCCGUAUUGGCACCGUCUACACGCCAGAUGGGCCGUCCAUUGUAAAACUCCCUAUAGGCGGACGUUAUGCCGUCCACUGUGAUUUCUUCGGCCAUGACGCCCUGACACCGUCGCCAUCCCUGUGUAAGCAGGCGAUAGAGCGCAUAUCGUAGAGUCGUUGUGCUGUUGCGCACUGGAAUCACCCAGCAGUCGACUCUGCAGUUGGCCUCGUCAAUCGCGUCAAGUGUGGCGACGCGGAACUGUAAGACGAGAAGCGUCUCGCCGUCAAAACAAAAGACUUGCGGACACUGGUAUCGGCGCGCGUACCUAGUAGUUUGAAAGCAGGGUGUCAAAAACAUCCAACACUCAUGAUUUGCUGUAAAGGUGGUGGACGUACUGGCGCAGCUCUUGUGAGAGCCUCUGCUGUUCUCCUCCGACCGGCAACUGGCCGCUCUGCCAUGCUCCUCUAUCAAUAACGCUCUUUUUGAUUUCUCCAACGGCGAGUAUAUGCUUGGUGUUUCCAAUCUUGGUCGAGUAUACAAUGUCGGCUGUUUCGGGUAUCGGCCCAGCGGUGGGUGGUUUGCUCUGUGAGAGCUGCAUGACCGUUGGGUACGCGGUCCAUGCUGCCAUAACAAUGUUGGACACUUCGGCAUGGAACCAGUUCUCGCAGUCUGCCUCGGUCUCGAAGCGCCAUUGCCGUACGUUGGCAUCCUCACAAGGCUCGCUCAUGCGGAGGGUGUCAUCGUGGUAGAGCGGGAGAAACCCUUCAUCAAAGUUGGCAUAGACGACGCCGUCGGGACCAACACCAGUGUGCACGACGAGAUUGGCAAUAGGUUUAUUGCGGCGUGCCCAUUCUUUGUUAAGUACGGUUCGGUAAUCAGAGCUCUCGCGGCGGUUGGACGAGUGCCGUAGAAUAUAGUAGCCGGCCGUGGCUAGUGACUCGAGCGCGGGGUCCAUGAUCUGCUCGGUAUUGUAAUGGUAACCCUACUGCUGCUAAUACUCAUUCAAAGAAUGUUUCUUUCGUGGUGCCAGCAAACCGCGGGGCAAGGCGGCAGCAACCCCUCAUGGGCUUCGCUACUGCUGCACGCGGCGUUCCGCUUCUGGAUCGCAAAAGAGACGUUAUGCAGGCGGCGGCGUCUUGCAUGAGUGGCUCGUUGUGGCAUUUCCAUUUGGUGUUGUUCGCCUUGUGGUCGUGUGCUAGCAGGCGUCCAGGCUCGCCCAGUGGCUACACAUGUAGGUUAUAGAGACUCGUGCUGUCUGUAUACAGCGCUGUGUUUUAUUCUUUUUUGAAUUCUUGGCGCACUAUAAAAGAGUAA